AUGAUUUUGCAUGGGUCCCCUCACACGGGAUUCCUCCCGCGGCUUCAUACGGAAGGUAGCAAUAGCGGAUCUUUUUCAGUUAGAAGGACUCGACUGAGCCCGCCAGGCCUGGGCAGCUGCGGCUCUACGACCACCAGUUCGUCUAGUGAAUUUAUGGUUGUUUCGCGCCAUUCUCAUCAUUCAAGAGAAGCUUCCAGACGAUGGCGUUGGCGAUUCUGCCAGAUUCCGAGCAGAAUUACGAAUUGGCAAUCUUCGUGGCGCUCUUGCGCCCUAUUCCUCCUCCUAAUGAUAUGCAUUUUGACGCAAAUAUUCAUCUUUUUCCAAGUCACACGCAAUGCACACGCGUACCUAGUAUCCAGGCCGGUACUUAAGGGUCCAGGGCCCCUCGGGCAGGAAAUAGGUGUAUUAGCAGAAGAGUAUGCAGGAACGGAUAAGAAGCCCCCCUAUGUCGGAUCAAGCACUUUCUUAAAAGGACUCCGCCCCAAGAGCCGUGGCUGGUUUAAUUCUCUGGCGGUCUUUCCUGGAUGCAGCAGUGAAGCGCUGCACGGGCAGCUGGGAGUAACAGCCGAAGGAAAGUUUCUUUGGACGCCAGCGGAUAUGCCCGGCCCCAUAGACGCCCCUUCAGUAAACAAGACGGAGGAACUAAAAAGUGGGGGAGGCUUUUACUUGAAGCUUUCAGACGCCCUGCCACUAGAUCGGCAUCCACCAGACAACCGAGCUCCUGCGUGCAAAAACGUGGAUUACAAUUUGCAGGAACUCAGCGACAACUUGGACGUGGCGAUUGUCAUUACGUACCACAACGAGCCCAUGUCCACUCUCCUACGAUCUGUGCAUUCGAUCCUUAACUUCACACCUCCUCCUCUCGUGCGAGAAAUCAUCUUGGUGGAUGACUUUUCUAACACCACAGCACUGCUUCCAGGCAACGAAGUGGAACAAUAUCUUCCUUAUCUUCCGAAAGUCAGGCUGAUUCGAAUGGAACAGAGGAGCGGCAUAGUGCCUGCAAGAAUGCGGGGGAUAAGAUCUGCUAAAGCGCCUGUCGUUGUAAUCUUGGACAGCCAUAUCGAAGUCAAUGAAGGAUGGCUGGAGCCGCAGCUACUUAGAAUACAGGAAUCGCCAAAGUCGUUUGUAUUUCCUCAAACGCUGUCGAUCGUCGCAACCAGCUUUGAUUAUACCAAAGACUCGGGCAUUGGGUGCUUCGUGUCCUUUGAUUGGAACGUCCAGGAAAAGUCUCAAGUUGCAGGGUUUUGGGGAAGUACAAGUGCAAUGCCGUCUCCCAUGCACGGAGGAGGCCUUUUGGCUUUCAGAAAAGACACGUUCUUUGAAAUCGGAGGGUACGACGAGGGCUUCAGCAUGUGGGGGGCCGAAAACGUGGAGUUCAGUUUUAGAAUCUGGAUGUGCGGCGCAAAACUUGAAUGCGCGCCUUGUGCCAACGUAUAUCACAUAUUUAGAUCUGGAGGUACCGGCUACCACGUGCCAGCUGGGAGUGUUUGGAGGAACAGAAUGCGAACGGCUCAGCUUUGGAUGGGCGACUACCUUCCUUUGGCCGCAGCAUUCAAUUCUUUUCAUUUGUCGCACUCUGAACCGCUACUGGCAGACACUUCCAAGAUGCUGAAGCUGAAGGAGAAGCUCCAGUGCAAAGACAUACAUUGGUUUCUCAAGGAGGUGGAUCCUAACCACGAGUUCAGGGACCUAAACACAGCUCUUUCCGGGAUAGGAGACGUAAGAAGUGUGUACCGUCCAAAUAUCUGUUUGGAUGCUUUAGGGGAGACCGACGUAGGGAACACUGUGGGUCUCUAUCAGUGCCACGGACAACUAGGCAACCAAGGAUUUAUGCUCAUCAACGAGUCCAAGCAGCUGCGGUUCAUCGGUACAGGCAAGGUCAGUCGGAGCCGUCUCUGCAUGAAGCCGCCGGGGGUAUUCGAAAAGUGCACGAAGCAGCAGUUGGUAGGGCACAUGGCUUUCGAUGCGGCGGAAGGGAGCAUUCGAUGGACGGGACAGGGGCCUUACGAAGACCACUGCUUGGGGCUUGCUGAAGAUGAAGCGUUGGGAAAGUGGGUGUUAACGUGGAGCCGCUGCACAGCGGGAGACGCGCGUCAGCAGUGGGCGUGGCCGCCCUUUCCUUCUCCCCUGUAUUUCCCUAAGCAGCUGACAGAAGGCUACGAGGCCUACAAGGCCCUUGAGGCCUGGAGAGAGCAGGCAGUGGAAAUACGCAGCAAAAAAGACACGAACUACUGUCUGGAUGCACUCCAGCAGCGGUACGCGGGAUCUCCCCUUUCGGUCUUCUGGUGCCACGGAGAACUCGGCACGCAAGGCUUCACCUUCAUAGCGGAAAGAAGUUUGCUGCUGGCUCAUGCAAGGGGGACGUACGGGACACCCCUGCUCUGCGUGGGACCGCCAAAGAAUCUUUAUUCUUGCUCUGACACUGCACGCGCGAAGGGAGUUUCCUUCAGUUCCGACGGACGAAUCCUGUGGAGGCAAGCAAACGGAAGCGACGCGGCAGAAACACUUUGUCUUACGGUCCUUAAAGACCCCACCACGCCGAUUUCGAAGGUAGGAGGCCGCUGUUACGCAGCGCAGUCCAGCAUGCGUGCACUGGCGAAGCGAGCAGGAGGGGUGUCUGUUUUGAGGCAUCAGGCUCGCCCUUCGGGUUUAGGGAUGGGAAUGAAGGCUGCUUGUCUCCCAUGA